CAUCAGCCUCCUUCUCAGUGACGCCGACUUGCUGCUACGGCAGGCCACUUGUGACUAAGUACAUGGUGAGCGGUCGCUACGUUUUCGCGCACAGGGUCAAAGGAAAUGGAAAGAGCUGUUCUGUCCUACUGAUGGUUCCCUGCCAACAACAUGAAACACCUUGAUCAUAAAACGCGACAAUGGAUUUAAAUGAAGAAUCCAUAGAUUCUGAGCGUGACUUGGUUAAGUUGCCAGCCAAUGAAGAGCAAAGUGGCAGAAAUGGAGUGGCACCUGCGCUUAAACAAAAUGCCCAGCCUGGGUCGAUCAGACGUUGCAGACGAAAAGCAAGUGCAGAGCCAGGGAACACCAAGGACUUGAGUGCACGUGCCGCCUUGGAAGGAAAGGUGGUGGCCCAUGGUGGAGCAGAGGGUGGCAAGACUCCAGGUGGUGGGCCCCCCCCAGCCAAAAGACAGAGACGUGACACUUUGGAACAAGCUCAGGGUAGCAGGAAUAUUGGGACUGUUGAAGGCUUGGCUUUGCCCCCCAAGGAAAAGCCAGCACGGACAGAAACCAGGCAAGUGCAAAAUGACUUGAAGAAAGCCAAUGCACAAACUGAAGGGCAACCCAGAGAUUGUCAGCAUAGAACUAAGAAGGCCAAAGUUGGAGCAGCUUUGCCAUGUCCUUCUUGCAACCUUACAGAGAAAAAUGACAUUGCACUAAAAACUGAUAUAAACCAGCACCACUUCAGUGACAAACAUUUUGUUUGUGAUAUUUGUAACGUUACUAGCCCAUCCAAGGAGAGCUACAGAAAGCAUGUCUCUUCAGUUCUCCAUAAAAAACAAGCUAAAAUCAUAAGUAAAGAUACAAGUGCAAAGGAAGGAUUUAACUGCAGGCUCUGUGGCCAGUUAUUGCCUUCGCGCUAUGACUUGGACAAACACAUUAAAGAGAAUCAUUCCAAACGAUCCAAGGCACACAUUUGCCCUCAGUGCAAAUUCAAGGCUGAGAGUGCAGCAUCGUUGCAAGCGCAUCUCAAGCACAAGCAUGUACAAGAAGAACGAUUAAGUUGUGACCUGUGUGGCUAUCAAUGUUACGAUGAAAACCUGCUGAAAACCCACUGCCGUGGGAAGACUCAUCUUCGCCGUAAGAACCUUGCUGCUCGGGGUGGGUACAUACAUUUGCUUUCCAAAAAGGGACUUUCUGGUGAAUAUGAUGCAAAAGACAAAGUAGAAAGCGCAAGACACUUAAACAAGAGGCCAGAAAAUUUGCGAAGAACGAGGAACAAAGUUUUUGCCCAGAAGAAUGCUAAAGGCGCUGAGGGUUUGGAAAAGUCGACAAGAACUGGCAAAGACCUCUGCGCGGAAGCUGUAACCAGUGUUAAAAUACCAACAGCAAAUGAGCAAACGGAGCUUAAUGAUAGUAACGCCGGAAAGACAUCUCCCAGAAAAGCUUUGAGAAGAUUAAAGGAACCGACUAAUCUUUCCCAAGUUAAUCGAAGACUAAGGUGCUCUGAAAAGGGUAAUGUCAUCAGCCUGAGACUGCGCAGCGCACGUCGCAAGGAAGAUUCUGAACACAGUCGGAGUACAAGAAGCAGAUUUUCUAAGGAAGAAGCAGGGAACAGGAGGUCCCCAAGAAAGCUUCGAGGAAGAGCUAACCUCUUGACAAUGGAUAAUAGUCGAAGUCGAGGCCGACUUCCUCCCAGGAGAGAAGUUUUCCCUGAAGUGCAGCGAGGUAGAGGCAGGAUUCUUGGAAGCAAGAAUCAUGCUGUAAAACCAAUAAGUAAAGUGAAUGCCCAGAAAUCAGACCACCUUGAAGGCAAACCUGAGGACCAGGGGAGAAGUAGUGAUGCAAACUCACCAACUGAUGGAAGCCUAGAGAAUGAGAAUGCAUUUAAAAUAAGUUGUUCAAGCGGCAAUCAAGAAGGAGAAUCAGCCCCAUCGGAAGUUCCUCAUCCAACAACAUUGGUUGAAAACAGUGCUGAAAGUAGUUCAGGGGAUCAAAACCUUGAGUCUCCGCCUGCCAAUCUAACAAAUAACAAAGCCUCCAAAGUUGAGAAUCCUGAAUCAAAGCUAAGCCCUGCAGAUCGUGAAGCCCUCCGCACUUGCUCCUACUGUGGCCAUUUAUUUCAGAACCGAAAGGGCCUAGAGGUGCAUAUCAAGAGGCGUCACACAAAGGAAAUGGUGUUUCACUGUCAGCCAUGUGGCUAUGCCUGUGUUACAAAAGGCGACUUUGAAAAACACUGUCAAAGUAACAGGCAUCAAACAAACUUCUCCAAUAUGGACUGGCUCUGCAGUUUUGUGACCUCACAUGAAGAAACUCUCAAGGACCAUGUGAGCCAAGAGCACAAAAUGGCUUCUCACAGUCAUCCUUGCAAACUGCAGUUUGUAUCAGAAGAAGACCUAGCGGACCACGUGGGUAAUGGGAAGCAUACAAGAAAUAUACUCCCGCAGCAGACCGAUACCACGGUUGAGCAAACUGAAAGACUGCAGCCGAGAGGGCGAGAGCUAAAUAAAAUCUCUUCAUCCAAUGCAAACGAAGAACCUACUGUACCGAAAGCAAACCCUUUGUUAAAAGACCCUCAGAAGCCUUCCAUUGCAAGAGUAGUUGCAGGGAAUAUAUUGAGGCGCUCAACACACAGCAGACCCCAAUUACAGUGUAAGAACUGCUUUUAUAAAGCCAGAUCUGCCACGGUCCUGUUCAAACAUAUAAGACUUAGACAUGCACAAGAGUAUCGCUUUUUUUGUAAAGUGUGUAGCCUGUACACGAUUAGCAAGGAAGCCAUGGAAAAGCAUGUUAGACGGAGUAGACACAUUGAGAAUUCCAAGAAAAGAAAUCUUGGUCCCUCGGUGGAGGAGUGUGUGGAAGAAGUGUCUGUCGGAGUUCAGGAUGUUCAAAAAACCAUGAAGGCUCCAGGGGCUUUAGGGAAUGUUAAUACCGAAAUAGAUAAAGGUUGUGUUCAGGUGCUCGAGCCAUCAAAACCCAAAGAGGAAUUUGUCGUGACUUGGGAAAUAUCAGAAGAUGAUGCAAACAUUGUGGAAAAUGUUCAAAAAAGCAGUGAUCUUCAGUCGGCAGAAAGCAGUAAAAGAGGGCGCCCCAAAGGGAAUAUUUCUAGAACUUGCUCUUAUUGCGGUCUGUUGGCUUCCAGCGUCACAAACCUGAACAUUCACAUAAGGCGGAAACACAGUCAUCAAUACAGCUACUUCUGCAAGGCAUGUAACUACUAUACUGUCACCAAAGGGGAUAUGGAUCGCCACUGCAACACUAAGAAACACAAAAAUCGGGCUGAUGUCUCCAAGACUGUUGAAGUCUGCCGAAAGAUUACUACAUCUCCUGAUAAGGGUAACCCACAAGUGAUUGAGACUGAUGCUGUUACACUUCCCACGGCUGAAACUGUUGAAAACAGCAGCGAAGUGUUGGAACCAGAGACCCCUGGUGUGGAGAACCAGUCCAGGAGCACCGAGAACUGUACUCAUCUAAAUUUAGAGGGUCUUCUUUCAGCACAGAAUCAACAGAAAGUGGAAAAUCAGAAUGAAGUGGUGGUAGUUCUUGAUGUGGAAUCAAAUCAUACAGCAAAAGAUGAUGGUUCAUCCAGUUCAAAGCGGUUGAAAGAAAACCAUGCUAAUACUUGUGUGUACUGCGGCUUUGUGGCUUACUCCCUUGCUACCCUUGAGUUGCAUGUGAAACGUAAACACACUAAAGAUUUUGACUACUAUUGUAUGGCUUGUGAUUACUAUGCUGUCACUCGACGUGAAAUGAUGAGACACGCAUUCACGGAGAAGCAUAAGCUUAAAAGUCAGGCCUAUGUCAAAUUGAAUCCAGAUAAAGGGCAUGAUACCAGUACAACGGUGAUUGAUGCACCAGAGAACGGAAACCAGAAAGAAGGGAGUGAGGAUCAAAUGCAUAAAGGGAGCUGGCACGAAGAGGGGGAAACGUCAAAAGUUCCUCAAGAAGCCACCCAGGAGUUUGUUUUACAUAUCAUUGAGUCUGAGAAAGCACCAGAAAGCGAUGAACUGGCCAGUGGCUCUGGACAGACAAUAGCAGCGUCUGACAUGGCUGAAAAACAGGAUAAAUGCUUGCAAAAUGAAAUGACUAACGAAGAGGAAGAUAUCCAGACUCUGCCAGCAGUGUGCCAUUCAGAAGUUUCCUCUGAAGCUGACUCUGGACCUUUAGAGACAAAUACCGUGCACUCAACUGCAUCUUUAGACACCGAAAGCCAUUCUGCGGAGUUGAAAUCUGAAUCAGUAAAGCCAGCAGUGUUGGAAACAACCCAAAAUAAUACUUCUGAGGCACCCGUUGAGGAGGAUUCGAGUAGGUGUGUAAACAUUGUCACGCCACAGAAAACUGGCGUGAACAACAAUGACAUUGAUUUAUGUGUGGAAGCUUCUCAGACAAAAGAGGAUGAUUUUCAAGAGCUUUCCCAGGAAGAUGGGAGCCAGAAAGAUGAACAGGAUGUUCAACCGGCUGAAGUGGCAAAGGAAACGAGCUCUAAUUUGGAUAGCGCACUGAAUGAAACAGUUGACCCAGGUGAAAACCAGCCUAAUACCAGUGGUUUGGCAGGAGGUAAAGAAGUACAAGAAGAACAUUCGGCUCCCACAGAAGGUGCUGAAUGUAGCGCUGGAGAAGAUGGACAUCAUCAACGACUUGGGAAGAAUUCGGAACACGUCCAUGUUAACCUUGUGCAACAAAUUGACAGCAACUUUGAAGAAAUCACGGAGGCAACUCCAGUGGAGGUGUCUGGGCAGAGUGACACUGGUCCCCAGCAGGAUCUUGGAGCGAAUGAGACUCUUUUAGAUGCCCAAAAUAAAAUGGAAGCAGCGUUAAAGGAGAAGAACUGGGAUGCGAAAAGUGCAAAUGAAAUGAGUCAAGAAACAGAAAGUGAUGCCUUAGAAGUAACCGAGAGUAUUAGUGACAGCUUUACAAAGCUUGAUUUCCAGAGUAAGGGAUUGCAAAAGCAUUUUGAGUUUGAUGCCUCCAUAGUAAGGUUAAAGAAAAAGUCCUGGAGUGAAAAAUCCGAAUGCACUGACAACAGUGAAGAUAGCCAGGAAGCCGAUGCAAUCUCGCCAAAUGAGUGGGCGGUUGCAGUCUACAAGACUGAUCCCUCCCAAGUUGUGAGGAAGAGAAAAAACGAAGGAUCUUUGUCUCAGGAUCCCAAACGCAUUCGCUGUGAAGACUGUGGGUUCCUGGCCGAUGGUGUAAAUGGGUUGAAUGUUCACAUUGCUAUGAAGCAUCCUUCUGCGGAAAAGCAUUUCCACUGCUUCCUGUGCGGCAAGUCAUUUUACACAGAGAGUAAUUUGCACCAGCAUUUGGCCAGUGUGGGCCACCAGCGAAUGGAACAGGAGAGCAUUGAGGAGUUGCCAGAAGGCGGUGCCACCUUCAAAUGCGUCAAGUGCAACACAGCCUUUGACUCAGAGCAGUACCUCUUUGUGCACAUCAAGCAGAAGCAUGAAGAAAUGGUGAGGGAAGUGAACAAGUACAUUGUGGAAGACACAGAACAGAUAAACUGUGAGCGGCAGGAAAAUCAAGGCAACGUCUGCAAGUAUUGUGGCAAGGUCUGCAAGAGCAGCAAUUCGCUAGCAUUUCUUGCUCACAUCCGUACGCACACUGGAUCGAAACCUUUCCGCUGUACCCUCUGCAACUUUGCAACAGCACAGUUAGGAGAUGCCCGUAAUCAUGUCAAAAGGCACCUUGGAGUUCGCGAGUACAAGUGUCACAUAUGUGGGUGGGCCUUUGUUAUGAAGAAACAUCUUAGCACCCAUUUAUUGGGCAAACACGGCAUUGGGACUCCAAAGGAACGGAAAUUUGUGUGCGAAAUUUGUGACCGGACUUUCACAGAGAAGUGGGCCCUGACCAAUCACAAGAAGCUGCACAUGGGCCAGAAGCCAUUCAAGUGCACUUGGCUGACGUGUCACUAUUCAUUCCUCACAGCAUCUGCCAUGAGGGAUCACUUCAGGACUCACACAGGGGAGAAGUCGUUCCUGUGUGACCUCUGCGGAUUUGCCGGCGGGACACGCCAUGCUCUCACCAAACACAGGCGACAGCACACAGGUGAAAAGCCAUUCAAAUGUGACCAGUGCCACUUUGCUUCCACAACACAAUCCCAUCUGACCCGACACAGACGCGUCCACACAGGAGAGAAACCUUAUAUGUGUCCUUGGUGUGAUUACAGGUCGAACUGUGCUGAGAACAUCCGCAAGCAUAUCCUACACACUGGCAAACAUGAGGGAGUAAAAAUGUACAACUGCCCAAAGUGUGAGUAUGGAACCAACAUCCCAUUAGAAUUCCGCAACCAUCUCAAGGAGUUUCAUCCAGAUAUUGAGAAUCCGGACUUGGCUUACUUGCACGCAGGGAUUGUCUCUAAGGCAUACGAAUGUAGACUUAAGGGCCAAGGAGCACAGUUUGUCGAAACAGCUGUCCCAUUCAAUACACCUCAAAGCGCAGAUUCUGCUGAAGUCACAGAUGACGCACUCAACGGCAGCAUUGAACAGCAGGAACCAACUGAGUCCAUUGGGCAGGUGAUUAUAAUUCAGGGCUAUCAAGUUGGAUGUGGUGAGGAUAUCUCCAUUGAUGCCUCUGUUGAAGCCACUGCAGCAGCAACUCUUCAGACCCUGGCAAUGGCGGGUCAAAUGGCCCAGGUGGCACAGGUGAUGCACAUCACAGAAGAUGGGCAGCUUAUAGCCACAACUCGGAGCACUGCUCACGUGGGUGGCAUGGUACCAGGGCAAAUUCUCACGAGGCAGCUGACAUCAGGUGCCACCCAGGUCGUGGUGGUCGAAAAUCCAACCGAGGAUGGGGAGGUUACAGAAGCAGCUGUUGCCAUGGAAACCCUGUCAGAUUCCAGUCAUGUCAUCGAAGAGGUGGUGACGCAAGAGGAGUCGACAGUGCCUGCGUCAGCGACGCCCACGGCACUGGAUGCACUUCUGUGCGCUGUCACGGAAUUGGGUGCAGUAGAGGCAAGGCCAGCCGAACAGGAAGGGAGUGAGCCUAACCAAGAGGGGUCUUGUUCUGUGAGCACUGCCAUCGAGGCGGUCAUUUCAGCCCCAAAAGAGUCAACGCAUGGAACAAUGGAGAUAUUUCACAAAGAGGAAACUGACCACGAACUCAGGCAAACUGAAGCCACAGAGGCUGGAGAAAUGGUGUCAAACAUUGAGCAGCCAGUGCCUGUAACCACUGCAGAAGGGGAAUCCCACGUCACUUUCAGUGACAUGGUGCAAGAGGUACUGCAGUUUACCAUGUGUGAUAUGAGAGCAACAGGCCAUAUUGUGAAAGAUGGCAUCACUCAGGUCAUAAUGGCUAAGGAAGGAACCACACACUUGGUUGAGGGGGCUUCCCAGAUCAUAAUGCAAGAAGGCGAAGAACAAACCAUAACUACACACGGACGUCCGAUGCGUCUGGUAGAUUCCUCUGGCGAAAUAUCACAGAUAAUUAUCACAGAAGAAGUUCUCCAAGCCAUGGUUCAAGAGACCACGGGUCAUUUGCCCGAAGAAGCAACUCAUGUUAUUGUGACAGAGGUACCAAACAGCGUGAUGAACGGUGACCACUCCAGGUCAGUGACUGAGGUUUAUCCACAUAGUGUGAUGGAACUGAUUAGUGAGAACAUGUCAUCGCCCAGUCAUCCAGUGACGACAAUUGCCUUGGCAGAGUGUUACACUGAGGACAGGUCAGAGGUAGUUACAACUGAGCUGUCAGCUAAAGAAGAGCAGGAAAUGGAAGUUGGUGGAAUCCAAGAAGCAUGACUCACCUUUCGGAGGGUAGGAAGCUCUUUUGAAAGACACCAUGGCUGAUAUUCCAUCAGAUGCACUAUUCAAAGCAUAACAUACUCAGUAUGGCACAUGCAUUCCAUGUGUCUGCUAGUAAAUCUGUGAUUGGGAAUCUGAUUGGUUAUGAAGCAAUGAAUGGGAGUGUAGAACCAUGAUCUAAUCAAGUGAGAGACAACUGAUCAUAUUGACUUCACUGGAACAAAGGAGUUUUAAGAAUUCUGCUGCUCAUAACUAUGCUCUCUGAGUUAAAUAGAUGCAUCCACUUAUAAGAUGAUUUUGGAGGCAUGGUGGAGUUGUAUGUUGGUGUUUACCCCCAUUUCCAUUGCGCAGAAUUGUCAGUAAAAAAGUGGGUAGGGGAACAUUGACAUCGGCUCAAAAACAGUCUUAGCAGAAGUCUUGAGAGGGGGUUGCCUCAGUCUCAGGGAGUGGUGCAGGAUGUAGGGGACCACAAAGUGGGAGAAGAAGCAUAGCUUGCAAAUAGAUUUGAGACUUGAAUCAUUUGACUGGGCGACUCAAUACAUUUCAUUUCUAGUUGUUUCCUGACUUGAGCACUAAAGACUGAGGGUCCUGUAUCUGAAUUAGGCCCAGAGUACAAAGCUGGAAGUGUAGAUUGUCGCUUAUUUCUUUAAUUACCUUCUUUAAACCUGGCAAAAGCAGGAAACAAAGUGAAACCCAGCCAGAUAGCAAAAGACUUUGAACAGGAUGGGAGGACAGCGAGAGGGGGGUAAUUGUACUGCGUGCAUUUUUCUUAAUUUUGUUUUAGGCCCCGUUAACAGAGAAAUAAAAUGAAUUCAGGCAAGUUGCACCUAAUCAUCCACCAUGAAAUGCUAGAUGUUGUUAACUGUUUAUUUUUGUUGUUCAAAUGCUGAUUUCCCCCAGACUUACAAAUUCAGAAGAAUGCAUUGAACUGGCUACGCGUUUUCUUUUGCGUUGUGUUUUUUGGGUAAUGGGAGGGAAUAUCAGAAGGUGAUAUAAUUUGAGAUUUAAAAAAGUGUUACUCAGCUCAGGUGGUCUGUUUAACUGUACAACAAACACAAGAUAAUAUGAUAAUGUACAAUUUUAUGUUUGACAAUCAUUAACAUGGCUUUAAAGAAAAAGUUUCUCUGUUUUUUCUUUUCGUUAACCGCUUGUCCCAAUAAAUUGUUCUGGUUUAAAGAAAA